AGAAGGGGAAAGGAAGUAGAUUAUUUAGUGGUGGCUGCAUAGAGGGGGCAUUGUGCAGGCUUUAUGGGCCAGUUUUUGUUAUCAUGACUGCAUAGUCCUUUACCUGUGUCAACACUCUUAACGAGAGAGACAUUUAAAAAAAAAAGGGGGAGAGAGGAAUUUUAUGUUUGUGUGUCAGUCAACAAUAACCUGAGGUGUAAGUGUAAAAGUUCAUCCAAUCGCAGCUGUAAGGCGGAAGUUGUCAUAUUUAGUCAGACUGUGUGUGGACAGGACUAUAAGCCGUUGUGUCUUUAUCACUGAUGAUCAACAACAAACUCAUAAUAACGAUAAACUAGUCGUUGUCAUUUGUGAAAUUUAAUAGCUGCUGUGUAUUCAUGUGUGAUCGCGGAUUAUGAUCAGUGUAUGAUGAUAUGAUACAAUCCCAUUGAGGAAACAAAGAAAAAAAAAUAUACAUGUAAUAAUUAAGGAAGAGUGUUUUUUAUCUGGGCCAUGAACUUUUAGUUAAAGGAAGCAGUAGUCUCCAAAUUAUCUGACAGUGAAUCCAAGAUUUUCUUUUUGUUAUCCUGCCUGCUACUGAAGUCUUAACAGUAAAUGGAAGAACAGGGGCAAACAUGCAGCAAGGUGUCAAUUCACAAAACAAGAUGAACAGUGAAUAAUCAAUCAUCCCCUCUAAAAACACAUUCCUAUAAACCUAGGAGAAGAGUGUCUUACAACUUUUUUCCGGUAUUGGAUAAUUUUUGUUAGAGGUUUUUUUUUCUUCCUAUCUGUGCAUUCAGUUGACAAAAGAGAGUGUGUGUGUGAUAAGGCUAUAUAACGGUGACCUCAGUGUUGAUAAUUUUUUGUCGUCGUGUGGAGGGAGUGGUAACACAGGGGGACAUGAUGUUUAGGGUGACAGGGGAGGAGGAGGGGGAGGAGGAUGACAAAAGACAUGAUUAUAUCACUGUACUUGCAGAUGGAGGGGAAAGCAAGCCACUGCCCACAUGGAAAACCUACUUAUACACCUUACAACUUCAAGCACCAAAACCAAAGAAGAUUGUUUGUCAGCGUGAGAUCCCUGGAAAGCCUCCAUUUUAUGGAAAAGAAUUCCAUGGCAACAUAACACGGGAGGAAGCUGAUGUAUUAUUGUCCUCGGAGGGGGACGGGAGUUACCUGGUGAGGAAGAGUGAGAGAGCAGCCGACGCCUACACCCUAGCUAUAAGGUUUGACAACCAGACCAAAAACUAUAAGUUGUACUACGAUGGACAGCAUUAUGUAGGAGAUAAGCGGUUUGACACGGUCCACGAUUUAGUGGCUGACGGACUUAUCCACUUUUAUGUGGAACUCAAAGCAGCAGAUUACAUUGCUUCUUUGUCAAACGAGUCAAAUUAUGCGGAAUCUCCAUACUUGGCAUACACAGACAAACGUAAACGCCUUCAUCGCUCUCGAAGAUCUGCUAACAGUAAGCGGCUGGACUUUACAGAUCAGGCAGCGGAGGGGAUCAGUGGAGGAACCAAUGGUAGUGUACCCCAACAGUAUUUAGAUGAUGAUAUCGAUAGUGUAGAUGAUGUGGAGAAAUAUGAAAAAGCUCACAAUUUUAAAACACAGAAUUUCAUUGGCUUACACUGGUGCGACUUCUGUGCCAACUUUAUGUGGGGUCUUAUUGCCCAAGGAGUAAAAUGUUUAGACUGUGGUUUUGAAGCCCACAAAAAGUGCUCAGAGAAAGUGCCAAAUGACUGCAUGCCUGAUAUCAAAUUUGUCAAGAACCUGUUUGGUGCAGAUCUGACGACAGUGGUGAAGGCCAGGAACACACCAGUACCGGUGGUGGUGGAGAAAUGCAUUAAGGAGAUUGAACGCAGAGGUGUAGAAGCUGAGGGAUUAUACAGGAUAGCUGGUCUCCAUGAUGAAGUAGAGAGCAUCAGAAUGGCAUUUGACAAAGAUGGAGAGAAUACAGUGAUAAGUGAGGCUAAGUAUGACGAUAUAAACAGUAUUACCAGUGUUCUCAAGCUGUACUUCAGGCUCCUUCCUAUCCCCCUCAUCACGUUCGAAGCAUAUAAAAUCAUCAUAGACACCAUGAAACAAGAUGAGCCUCGAUCAAGGGCCCAAAUAAUUAGGAUAAAGGAAGGACUGACCAAACUUCCCCCAGCACAUUACCAGACUCUGAGAUUCUUAUUAGCUCAUCUGAACAGGGUAACAGAGAAGAAGCCUGUCAACAUGAUGGGUCCAGACAACCUGGCGAUCGUGUUUGCUCCUACACUGAUGAGAUGUCCCGAGCCCGAUCCUAUGAUGAGUCUAAUGAACGCUCAGUUUGAACAGAAAGCUCUAGAGACAAUGCUCGUAAAAUUCCGGGACCUGUUCUCAAGAAUGAGCACCACUCAGAAUUUUGAAGCAAGUGGCAAAAGACCUAGUUUUGAUGCUCUUCGAAUAUCCGAUCAACCUCAUUUUGAUAAAGUCUGAGUCUUCUUGUGAUGUAUGUGUGAUUUUUUUAUGUUUUAGCACAGUCUUCUCAUUUAUGUAGAUUUUGCAGCUGUGUGUUGCUUAAUACCUCACAUGUUCAUAUAUUAAAAUGAAUACCUGAGGCUCUUAAGGGUUAAACAGUACUAUCUGCAUAUUGUAUUCAGCUGAAUUAAUGUAUCAUAUUGAAACUUGUUGUUUGUUUUUUAUAUAUAAGUAGUACUGUUGGUAUGAAAGUUGCAAUAACACAUAUUUUACUGAUAAGAAUCAAUAUACAAGUUUUCUCUAUCUAUUUCCAUAUAUGAGGGCUGUACAAAAAGUUGUGCAGACUCCAUUUAUAAACAUCAUGUUCAAAUUUGGUAGACAUGUUUUAACAUUUAUGUUAAUUGUUUGAAUUGAAAAAAUCAUGAAAAAUGAUGUCAAAGAACAUUAAUAGUACUUUGACUAUCAGUAAAGUUCUCGGCUUCACACAGGAAAACUGUGGAAUAUAUUGUGAAAGUGCUAGAGGAAGCAGGAAAUAUCUCAAAGUGAGCUGUGUUUCUGUGUAUCUGGAUCUGGUUGUUUUCUGAGUGGUAGAGACUGUAUCAGAUGAUAUAUUUUCUGUGAGGAAACAGAUUAUCAGUAGGAGUUAAUAACAUCAUCAGACUGCAGAUAUUAGGGCACUUUAUUGUUGCAGAUCUUGUGAAGCAUAUUGACAUGGUAAUAAAAUGAAAAUACUGAGAAGAAAACUUAUGCUUAACCAGUUGGUAGAAAAGAAUAUGUAUAUAUUUUGGAAUAAACUUUUAGACAUGAACAAAAUGAAUAUAUUUAAAAAUAAAAAUAAUUAUGUUCUGAUCUUUAAUUCAAAAUUAAAAUUAAAAAACUAUAU